ACACAACAGCAGCUGAGAUACAGUUUCUUUCAGUUUUCAGCUGAUCCUUCAUAUGAGUGGAUCACUCUGAUCUGCUAACAGAGUUUAGUCUCAGUUCGGUCUCGACUGUUAAGUUGAUCAUGUGUUACUGGAUCUGAAACACAGGUUGAAGAUUAGAUUUGGGAUUAGUUUGAGGAGUAAGGAACUGUCUGAGUUGGGUUAUCUGAGUGAGAGUGGUAGUUAGAGGAGAACUCCCGGCAGGACUUCAGGAUGGGUUGUGGAUUUUGGGACAUUUCUUUAAUAGCGUGCUUCUCUCUGGUGCUGGUUGGAGUGUCCGCAGGGUCAGAUGAGCUGCCUCCACCAGAAAACCUGACUCUGUCAAUGAGUUCUGACUUUUCAAUUAUUAUACAGUGGAAUCGGCCAGCGGGUUUGGAUGCAGAUUGUAAAGUGCAAUACCAAAUUGAGUUAUAUUUACAGAAAUGUCCUCCCAGUGGAACACCUAAGAGACAAUGGCGAACAAUAGAUUUAAGUCACACAGUGGAGGAAAUGGCGAAAGAAAUGUGUUUAAAAAUAUUUACGCUUCCGGUUACAUGCCCAAACAAGACAAAGAGCGAACCACUAUAUAAAAACAUUACUAAACAUCCAGUGAAAGACCUGUCUUGUGUGUGUUACUCCCGUGAGAAGAUGAACUGCAGCUGGAGUUUAGACAGUGAUAUUUCUGAUCUGCAGCUCUAUUAUGGGAAGAAAGGCAUUCUAAAGCCGUGUGUCUCGUAUAUUUAUGACGGAUUCAAGAAAACUGGCUGCCAUCUAUAUGGUGAAAAUUUUCUUAUUGAUACAUAUCAUUUUCUUGUCAACGGAACUGAGAAAGGUGUCAUCUUCCAGAACCACUUCGAUAUAGAUGCAAGCCUUUCAGUGAAAAUACCCCCACUGAAACUGAACAUCACUACCGACCAAAAGUAUAUUUAUUUUCAGUCAAGUAAACCUGAUUUUCCCCCAAGCUGUUUGAAGUACCACUUUUACUUCAAGAAAUGCAAUGAGGUGAGUUUAAUUCGGGCGGGCGGCCUCCUCACCCGCGGCAGCCUGGAGGGGCCAGGCAAAGCGCCACCCGCCAGCGGUUCCACAGAGUCAGAGUUCUGGACAGGCUCAGGUGCAGGGCCGGCAGGUUCUGCACCGCCGUCCCCAGUGUCCCGCAGUUUCGGCCUAUAA